AUGGCAGGACUUGCAGCUUCCCCAGGAUUCAUUGAUUGGUUAAUUGAGCAGUCUGACAGAAUCAAGUUGCUUCCUCCCACUAAAAGUUAUGAUGACGAAUUUGGUAGUGAAUCAGAUUCGACCGGUGAACAAUUAUCCUGGACAGUGUCAACGCCUGGAUUCACAAGUCAUAUGUCUCUUCGUAUUCUAAUAAAAUCGUUACGAGACUGUUUCGCCUUCCCUCACAUGAUAUUUCCAAGACACCUCAUUGCACGACUUUGGGUUGAAAUGGGUUCAUGCUUAGAAGCAGUUUCAACGAUUGUGCAAAACUGGAGAGACCAUCCUCCUUCAUCUUUUUCUCUUAAGAUCCAAAACUUCUCACAACUCGAGAAAUCGACUGCUUUCUCUGAUCAUAAAUACCAAUCUCGUCUUUUCUCCUCUGGUGGACACAACUGGAGAUUGGUCGUAUAUCCAAAAGGGAACGAAAAGGACAGUGGGAAUGGAUUUAUUUCCAUGUACGUGGAAAUAGACGGUAAGUGCUUGAUGAUAUUCACACCACCAACUGAAGUUUUUGCAGAACUCCGUUUCUUUGUGUACAACAAGAAACAAAACAAGUACCUUAUGAUUCAAGAUGUAGAAGCAAAGCGGUUCAACGCACUUAAAACGGUGUGGGGAUUGCCCCAAGUUGUUCCAUAUGAUACGUUCAAUAACCCUGAGAAUGGUUACAUCUUUAAAGGAGACCAGUGUGAGUUUGGUGUUGAUGUCAUUGUUGCUCCUCCCCUUACCAAUUGGGAAAUCGUCUCAUAUAAUCAGAAACUCCCUAAUCCCAAGUUCGCUUGGACUUUGAAGAAUUUUUCUGAGUUGAAAGAGAAUGAGUACAAAUCAAAAAGUUUUUCAAUGGGAGGAAGAAACUGGUUUCUGAAGCUGUAUCCAAAAGGCGACUCUAGAGCAGAUGGCAAAUGGUUAUCUGUUUUUUUGAAAUUAGCUGAUGGUGAAAAACCAAAAGCAGAUGAGAAGUUUUUCGUGCAAGCAAAUUUGCGAGUUCUAGACCCACUUGGAUCCAAUCACUCGGCAUGCAAAAUGAACGAUUGGUACAAUGACUUACACACAGGUUGGGGUUGGAUUCAAUUUUUAUCUUUAGAUGAACUUCGGAAGUCUUAUUUGGACAAAGCAGACGCGUUGAAUGUUGAGGUCGAAUUUGAAGUUGUUUCUGCAGCCAAAUACUCUCCUAUUGUCUAA